UACAAAAUAUAAAAAAUCUGAGUUUGUUUUCUCAAAGUACACUCAACUUUAGCUAUGAUUAUAUCAUAUUUCCCAAAAUAUGUGGCAGUUUUGGUCCUCUUGGUCCUGAGUGUCAGUGCGCUGGACACUUUCAUUGCAGCAGUAUAUGAACAUGCUGUUAUUUUACCAAACAGAACAGAAACACCUGUGUCAAAAGAAGAAACUUUGCUCCUGAUGAACAAGAACAUCGAUGUUUUAGAGAAAGCAAUUAAAUUGGCAGCCAGGAAGGGCGCACAUAUCAUCGUGACCCCAGAAGAUGGAAUUUAUGGCUGGGUCUUCACAAGAGAGACCAUUUAUCCCUAUCUGGAGGAUAUCCCAGACCCUGAAGUGAACUGGAUUCCAUGUAGAGACCCCCAGAGGUUUGGCCACACCCCAGUACAAGAAAGACUCAGCUGCCUGGCUAAGAACAACACCAUCUACGUCGUGGCAAAUACUGGGGACAAGAAGCCAUGCAAUGCCAGUGACCCUCAGUGUCCCCCUGACGGUCGUUACCAAUACAACACUGAUGUGGUGUUCGAUUCUGAGGGAAGGCUGGUGGCGCGCUACCGUAAGUACAAUCUUUUUGCACCUGAAAUUCAAUUUGAUUUCCCCAAAGAUCCAGAAUUUGUGACUUUCAACACUCCUUUUGGGAAGUUUGGCAUUUUCACUUGCUUUGACAUUUUUUCCCAUGAGCCGGCUGUGGUGGUGGUGGAGGAGUUUCAAGUUGACAGCAUUGUCUACCCCACGGCCUGGUACAAUACGCUGCCCCUCCUCUCGGCUGUCCCCUUCCACUCAGCGUGGGCUCGAGCCAUGGGAGUCAACCUGCUCGCUGCAAACACCCACAACACCAGCAUGCACAUGACAGGGAGCGGAAUCUACUCACCAGACGCCGUCAAGGUGUAUCACUAUGACAUGGAAACAGAGAGUGGCCAGCUGAUGCUCUCAGAACUGAAGUCCUGGCCUCGAAGAGAAACCAUCUCCCCUGCAGCUGUUGACUGGAGUGCAUAUGCCAGAGCUGUCAAGCCAUUCUCAUCUGAGCAGUUGAAUUUUCCAGGGAUGAUUUAUUUUGAUGAGUUCACCUUCACCGAGCUGAAGAGAAAUGCAGGAAAUUAUACAGUUUGUCAGAAAGACCUGUGCUGUCACUUAACUUACAGAAUGUCUGAGAAGCGAACAGAUGAGGUGUAUGCACUUGGUGCUUUUGAUGGACUGCACACAGUAGAAGGCCAGUAUUACUUACAGAUAUGCACGUUACUGAAGUGUCAAACCACUGAACUGAGAACUUGUGGGGAGCCUGUGGGGUCAGUUUUUACCAAGUUUGAGGAAUUCUCCCUCAGUGGCACAUUUGGAACAAGUUAUGUUUUCCCACAGAUCCUUCUUAGUGGGAGUCAGCUUGCCUCUGAAACACAUUAUAAGGUUUCAAGAGAUGGACGUCUGCAGAGCCGAGGACGAACCCCUUUGCCUGUCUUGGUUCUGGCCCUGUAUGGAAGAGUGUUUGAGAGGGACCCUCCGCACUUAGGGCAGGGACCCGGGCGAUGACAAUGAUCCUUUUCACCGCCACACUUGCCUGAUUAGCCUGGCAACAAGAGGGAAGAAAAAGAGAGAGCCCUUAGUGUCUAUGUAGAAGUGAUGGUAUGAAUUUGCUGAAGCAACAAACUUAAGAAGAUUUAAAAAGCAAUGGAUGGGUGUCCACAUUUGACAUUUUACGAAUUCCCUAUAGAGCACAAGCUUAUGCCUGGAUGCUGCAUUCAUCUUCCAUGUAGGUGCACUAAGUAUGUGUCAGUAUAUCUGCGUAAAGUGCAAUGUGUAUUUAAGUGGAAGAAUCCUGCUCUAAUAUGCAAAUAUUGAAACUCUCAUUUGUGUAUGCAUAGGGUAAGCGUUGAAAAUGCAGACAGUACUUGAUCCUAGUCAAUUAAGAUAUAGGAAGUUAAAAAACAAGGGUAUUUUUGAAAGGAAUUAUGUAUAGCUUUUUAACUAAUUAAAAUUGUUCUGUUAUCUUUUCUACUCUUAUAGUCUAUUUGUAUGGAAAUUAGGUACUUAGAAUGGAAAUUUAAAAAGAGAGAAGAAUAAAUG